AUGCCGCAGAACGGUGGCGUUGGUCUUUGGGCUGCGACCGUCUGUCUGUCUGUCCGUUGUCCGUCGUCGGUCGGCGUCCAUAAAUCAUGGAUGAUAGCGACAGCGAACGGACGAGAAAAGUUUUUUGUCGGGGCUGACCUAAAUCGCCGCUGUCGCGCGAAAGGGCGGAGGAAAUGUUCGUUCUCGUCGUCGUCGUCGUCGUCCCGCGUCGGUCGUCUGUCCUGUCGCUGUUUUUGCGUCGUUGUCAUCACGGACCGUGGGAAAGCGGCCGCUGACGAGGGAGGAGGGCGUCAGUGGUCACUGAAGGAGUCGGAAGCGGUUGCGUUUGCGUCUGCGUCGUUAGGCUGUCCGACCAUCUAUCCUCUAAAUCGGUGGUGGCUGUGGCCGGCCCGGGAUCCCGGUCCCCGGCGUCGUCAAUCCCUCGGUCUGUCGUUGCUUGUCGUUCGCUGGUCGUCUCCGAUGUACGACGCAUGCCUGAGUGCGUUUAUUCGGUCGGUCGGUCGGUUGGUCGGUCGGUCUGUCGGUGCGCCAGUGCUCGAAGGUCACGCGGCCAGUUUUGAGGGUGACAACGACGACGAAUGUGUAGCGUAUGCGCGCACGCGAACUGAGCCGAAGGAGCUGGUUGCAAACUGGUUGCCGUGCGGCCGUGCGCGGCUGUGCAUUGCGUUCGUCAAUGUCCGUCCGUCCGUCCGUCCGUCCGUCCUCGGUCCUCCGUCGUUGUUGCCUCUUCAAUACGCUGUUGGUGAGUGUUCGUUCUGA